UGUAUUCUUGUCUUGUGUUCUAGAACUAAAAAAGCAGACGGCUGUUUUGCGCAAACUAUAAAAAUGAAACGUAAAUAGCCGUUCGAAAAAGAAAAAUGCACACGGUCUCUGGUGUCUCAUUUUGAAAUCGCAGUGUGUUUAGAUGGAUUUAUUUUCAUCUCGUCGUUGCAUUCUUGGUUUAAUAUUUGCGUUAAAACACAAAUAAUAUACUCAUAUACCAGUGAAGUUUAAUAUCAAACUUGUAUUGUAGUAACAAUUAUUAAGUAAGCGGUCAUUGGUUAGCUGCAGUUGGAGACAUCGUCUGCAUGGAGACGAACACACGUGACGCAAAAAUGAAAUUCGCCGACUUCGCCCAGUCGAUUAUGAAGUAUUUGAAGCUCAUAACUGUGGAGCCUGUAAUGUUCGCCAUCUCAGUUACUACGUUCAUGCAGCAGCCUUCAAACCAACAGUUAGUCCUCCAGAAAGUAUGUCUACUCAACUUCAACAAGACAAUUUGCAAUGAGGGUGUGGAUGAGUUCAUUGCUGUGGAGAAUAUCGUCCAUGCUGAUGCAGCUUACUGGAGCUUCUACCUGAAGAUUGCGCUGUUUCUCCCAGGAGCUCUAUUCUCCUCGAUUUACGGGUCUCUCAGUGACACCGUGGGCCGUAAGAUCUUUCUGAUCAUCCCAUCAUUUGGGGUCAUCUUCGGGGCAGUCAGCUUCAGCUUCCAGGCACUUUACCCGCACUUACAUCUCGGGUAUCUACUUAUAAGUGAGGUGAUCGUUGGACUAUCCGGUAAUGUUUUUAUCGCCUAUAUUGUAGCCAAGUGUUACCUGUGUGACAUCACUGAUAUUUCAAACCGGACCAAAAGGCUUGGGGUCAUGAAAUCCAUGUGUUAUUUAGGUGGGCCUCUUGGGGCUUUCCUCUCUGGAAUACUAAUCGACAAAGAGGGGUUCGCUGCUGUUUACCUAAUCGUAGUUGCCAUACACAUCGUGGUUAUUAUUUACGUCGUGCUGUUACUUGAUGAGACUGUCGUGUGUUAUGUCAUCGAAGACGACGACGACAUUGAGAAAAGUGGGGACAGUGACGAUGACACAAAGAAAGCUGGGUGUGGCCCGUGUUGCAUGACAUUGAGUAGGUUGUCCUCUAAGGUGUUGGCGAGUAUUGAGCAAACGGUCUUGGUUUGUUUCCGGGCGAGACUCGGCUUCAGACGUAAGCAUCUUCUACUGACUCAACUCGUAGGCAUCAUCCACAAUCUUUGCUCAUCAGCUGAGAUGGAUUUGACUGUGCUUUACACCAAGCAUACACCGUUGAACUGGUCGGCCACAACCAUCGGUGUUUUCAUCAGUCUGAGGACUACCCUUAAGGCAUUCACUUUGGCUGUUGGACUGCCAGUAAUAUUUCAGCUGGUUAAACGUCAUUGGGUGCAGUUAGACCUUGGGUUGGUAUCCAUUGGAGUUGUAUCGACCGCUUCGGCGCUGGUCAUUAUGGCGUUUGCCAAAAACACAACACACAUGAUGUUAGCUCCUUUCGUUGGUAUGUUUAUUGGUUUCCCUUGCGUCAUCUUGAACUCAAUAAAAUCAAAGCUGGUCGAGCCACAUGAAUACGGAUCAUUGUUUGCGUCAACCACUCUUAUACAAACACUCACCUCAACGGCCGGCUCAGCAGUGUUUAACAGCAUCUACGCAGCCUCGUUACCAAUCUGGCCGGGGCUGUCCUUUGUCGUUCUGGCUGGUAUCUACUUUGUAUCAUUGUUCUUUCUUCUAUAUCUUUGGUAUGACAUCAAAGUUACAUCAAGCGAUGACACGUUUGAUAGUGAUGACGGUCACCAUGAGUACCAGCAGCUGAAAAACGAUGAAGAGAAAGUGAACGCAGAGUAA